UCAGGCUAUCAUGGCGUCUCCCAGUGGGAAGGGAGCCCGGGCGCCGGAGGCUCCCGGCUGCGGGCCCCGGCCGCUCGCCCGGGACCUGGAGGACUCGGUGGACGACGCGGAGGGGCUGUACGUGGCGGUGGAGCGGUGUCCGCUGUGCAACACCACCCGCCGGAGGCUGACCUGCGCCAAGUGCGUUCAGAACGGCGAUUUCGUCUACUUCGACGGCCGCGACCGGGAGAGGUUUAUAGACAAGAAGGAACGGUUAAGCCAACUUAAGAGCAAGCAGGAAGAAUUUCAAAAAGAAGUGUUAAAAGCUAUGGAAGGAAAAUGGAUAACAGAUCAGUUGAGAUGGAAAAUAAUGUCCUGCAAGAUGAGGAUUGAACAGCUGAAACAAACAAUAUGUAAAGGAAAUGAAGAAAUGAAGAAAAAUUCUGAAGGCCUUCUCAAAACCAAGGAAAAGAAUCAGAAGCUUUAUACUCGAGCACAACGGCAUCAAGAGAAAAAGGAGAAGAUUCAGAGGCAUAACCGCAAACUUGGGGACCUAGUAGAAAAAAAGACCAUCGACUUAAAAAGUCAUUAUGAGCGUCUGGCAGAUCUUCGGCGAUCUCAUAUAUUAGAGCUCACCUCUGUCAUUUUUCCAAUUGAGGAAGUGAAGACUGGUGCGAGAGAUCCCGCGGAUGUGUCUUCAGAGAGUGACAGUGCCAUGACCUCCAGCACUGUGAGCAAGCUUGCAGAAGCCCGGAGGACGACUUAUCACUCAGGGAGAUGGGUCUGUGACGACCACAAUGGGGACACCAGCAUCAGCAUCACAGGGCCUUGGAUUAGCCUUCCCAACAACGGGGACUACUCUGCCUACUAUAAUUGGGUGGAAGAGAAGAAAACCACGCAGGGGCCUGACAUGGAGCAUAACAACCCUGCUUACACCAUCAGCGCUGCACUGUGCUAUGCGACUCAGCUGGCCAACAUUUUGUCUCAUAUACUCGACAUAAAUCUUCCCAAAAAGCUGUGCAACAGUGAAUUUUGUGGGGAAAAUCUCAGCAGACAGAAAUUUACUCGAGCAGUAAAGAAACUGAAUGCAAAUAUUCUUUACUUGUGCUUUUCUCAGCAUGUAAAUUUAGACCAAUUACAACCACUGCAUACCCUCAGGAAUCUAAUGUACCUGGUCAGCCCGAAUUCUGAACACCUAGGCAGGUCGGGACCCUUUGAAGUGCGAGCAGACCUCGAGGAGUCCAUGGAGUUGGUGGAUCCCGGAGUUGCUGGAGAAUCAGAUGAGAGUGGAGACGAGCACAUCAGUGAUGAGGAAACCGACUUGGGCACAGACUGGGAGAACUUGCCCAGCCCCCGGUUUUGUGACAUCCCUUCCCAGCCCGUGGAAGUCUCGCAGAGCCAGAGCACCCAGGCCUCCCCGCCCAUCGCCAGCAGCAGUGCGGGCGGGAUGAUCUCCUCCGCUGCAGCCUCGGUGACCUCCUGGUUUAAAGCUUACACUGGACACCGUUAACGAGCAUGGAUCAAAACGUGCCAGAUUUGCAUCAGGAAAGUUAACUAGUAAACUAUGUAUUUAGGUAAGAUCAUGCCUGGAACAAAAAGUAUUUUUAACUUUUUUUUGAUGUUGUUAAUCCUCACCCGAGGAUAUUUUUCCAUUGAUUUUUAGAGUGGAAGGGAGGGGGAGAGCCAGAAAGAAACUUCGAUGUGAGAAAGAUACAUUGGUUGGUUGCCUCCUCACUUGCCCCAGUCUGGGCCGGGGAUCGAACCUGCAUCCCAGGUAUGUGCCCUUGACGGGAAUCGAACUCGAGACCCUUCAGUCCACAGGCCAAACUGUCUAAGGCUAAACUAUUUUUGUUGUUGUUUAAAGCAGGGAGAUAGGCAUUUCUUUGUCAAAUGGCCAAUGGUGGUGACAGACAUGCUGAGGAUAACAGAACAGAGGGGUCAAAGGUCCUUCUACGCAGACUAGUGUUGGUGGAAGGAGGACCAGUGCACGAGGCCAGUUCUGUUGAGGCAGAAAUUCAUCUAGGCUCCCUCUGAUCACAGGCCAGAGGACCCAGGCGCGGCUGACAUGUUGGUCCUCGUGAUGCUGAUCACAGGCCAGGGGACUCACAGACACAGGCUGACAUGUUGGUCCUCGUGAUGCUGAUCACAGGCCAGAGGACCCAGGCCAGGUCGACAUGUCGUUCCUCGUGAUGCUGAAACUAUUACUGUCACUUUAUGUUGUAGAGAUUGAAUCUCAAGGAACUGAUUCUUGAUGAUUAGGACUUGAAUAUGAGUUUGUUUUUAUGCGAUCAUUUUUUGUACAGAGAACCAGCAGGCAAUUUGAGAUACUUGAUUUCUUUAUAAUUUGGUCAUGUUUGGUUUUUAGGUCAAGGAUUUUGGUUUUGUUUGGAAGGGUAGUAUUUUGGGCGGGGGCGGGGGGCGGGGAGUAGUUUAAAAAUUAUUUCACUUUUGCUGCUCUGUCGUAGCUCGUCAGACAUUCCUGUUUUUCUUUCUCCCCACACACCAAAGAAACUAAGCUCUUUUCUUUAGGACCCACAUUCAUGAACAGAAGAAAUUCUAGCUGCAAUAAUGUCCUAGAGAUUGUAAACCUAUUUUCUUAUAUUCUGAGUGGAAUUUAGUUCAUUCUUACCUAGAUUAUUGAAUUCCUACCAUCUACACUAUGUGCAGUUUGAAAUGAAACUUAUUUUCUAUGAGUGAAAGAUUAAGUCAUUAAGAUUGUUUGCUAAUGUAAGUUAAAUGCCUGCCUGGGCACAGGUUAAAAGCCACACAAGUGGCCUUUAGUAUUCUGGUGUCCAAUUUGUUUCUAAGGGAUUUAGUAGGCGGCAGGUUUUUCCAGGGAAAACUCCUGCUUGUUUCCUAGAAGUCUUUGUUGCUCUAAGGACACUACCUUCCUCAGAAAUGCAGAGGAAAUCAUAGCUGGUACUCCUCUCUCCUGGGGGAAGCUCCAGGGAAGGAUGUUUCCUCACCAACAGACCAUUUUCAGCUCGUUUUCUUGUCAUUCUCUAGUGACAAUCUUUAAAGAAAACCGUAGAGAGGCAUUAUGUACAAAUAUGUAAGUAGUUUAUUUUUAAUAACUGCAAAAAAAUCCUAUGUAACUACAAAAAGAAAUCCUAUGAAAAAUUCCUAACAGGCAUUAUUACCAUAUCUUGUUAGUGUGAUUAGCAUGAUAGUACCUCAGAUAAAUCACUUGGGGGUUUGCCCUGCCCUAGCUUCUUUUCUCGUUGUAAUUAUUAGAGAUGAUCUUUGCCUCCAAACCCGAGGUGCUAUAUAGCUUUUGCUAUUGGUAUAUUUAGUGUUUGGCAGAGUUUGGGGUAGAGUUGCAGAAGGGUUGUUUAUUCCUACCCAGGAGUCCCAAGUUCCCUGAAUAUGAAUUUGCCACUUUAGGAGGAAAUAGGCUCUCUUUUAACUGCUUAGCUUUAUGUUGCUGGGCUUGUGUUGUACCAUCCAGGCCUGUAAUUCAUAGAGUGGUUGACUUAACAAACACCAAGUGAACGUAAAAUCCCAUGAGGUAAGACUUACCAGGUACUUCCAACCCUCACAAAGAAGAGCUUAGUCUCAAGAGUUGAAAGACUGGGAUUUGGGGCUUGAGGGUAGAGCUUGACUUGAGCUGCAAGAUGCACAAUAGUCAUGGUUGUUCUUAAGUAAGCCUCUUGGAAACCAUGAAUGUGAGAUGAAGCUUAAGAACAGAAUCCAGAGAUCACAAACUCAUAACUAGAGUAAUUCAACAAACUGUGCAAGGAUAUGGGAAAUGUAGGGAUUGAUAGGGUAUAUUUUGUUGUUAUCAACUAGAGGCACUUUACUUAGGGUUAAAUGAUCAAACCCUUUAGUGGUUAUGAACACCAACAUACUGGCUUACACUGCUGAGGUAUUUUGGUUUUCUUUAUUUUGCACUGGAUCCACCCUGUAAAUAUUCUUAAGUAUACAUUUCAACCACUGUUUUUUCUAUUCUUUUUGCUGCUCAUUAAAUUCUUUCAUGUAGGUGCCAGAACCAUAUGUAAACAGCUUUUUAAAAAAUUGAAGCUGGUUUUUAUUUUUAAACAAAAAGCCAUAGACCUUGGUCCUUUAUUCCACAUUAAAAUGAUUUGUUGAAACAAAAUAAUACUAAUAAAAAUCCAGAGGCACCAAUAGGCUGCUUAAAAUGGUCUGCUAAAGACUUUUGUAAUGGAGUAUGACUAAGAAAAGUUUUGCACAUCUGUACGUUAAGACGAAAAACAUGUCAGCAUUGGGUCUAGCAGACAGGAUGCAUUAAGGAUUCGUGUGUUGGUAAUUUGGAAAAAAGCAUUUGGUGGCAUGCUGUUAAAAGAACUACAGUGUCUGAGACUCUCUUCCGUGGUGUCAUGUUGCAGGAAUUUCCCAUUGCUCUGCAACUUCCAAACCAGUUUGAGUCAUACAAAUGUUUUCUAAACUUUUAUUGUAUUAUUACAAUAAACCUUUUACCAGUA